AUGAUUAUCCUCCUUUUCCUCGCGCUUCUCGGCAUCUUCUCCUCGUGCGAAGCGAAACUGUACGGCUCGUACUCAAAAACAGGCGCGCGGAGACCUUCUGGUGUACGUUUUUCCUCGAGGUUGGCGUAUAACGCGUACGGGAGAAAACUUCUCCAAGACGGAGAGAGAGAUAUCCGAGAGACGCAGAACUUGGUCGAACAAACGGAUGCUCCCUCUUGUCCGGAGAACAACACCAUGUACGAAAUCCUCGCUCAGACGCCAGAGUUAUCGAGGUUUUUUAACGUUAGUUUGCGGUAUCCGAAAGUGACGGACGCGUUGAAAUCGUAUUCAAGAUCGGACACGUUAUUCGCGCCGUCCGAUGAGGCUAUUCAAGAUCUCGUGGACUGGUCUGGGUACGAUCGGUUCGAAGAGUUCGUCUCGGAGCUUUGGGGCGAAGACGAGUACGAGGCGCGAUUGAUCGCGCACCACGCGGUUCCUGAGUCGAACUUGACGGAAGCAGAGUUGCGAGCGUUGGAAGGUCCGUAUCGAUAUUUGAGAGACGCUCUCGGUGAAGUCAUGCCGUUGAAGAUUGAGGCGAACCCGGAAAACAUCACCGUCCGAGCGCUUGGUUCGGAAGGUACCAUCAUCAAACCGGACUUGAUUGCCUGUAACGGCAUAAUUCACGUUAUCGACACGGUACUCUUACCCUUCGACGGCGACGGCGUCUUAGACGACGCGCAAAAAGACGCGUUACGAGACGCGAUCAGAGCGUUGUUCGAGUUAAACGGACCGGGAACGAUCGCCGACGACGUCGUCAGAAAAAAUCUCGCAUCAAUUCUCUUGGGAUACGACCCAAUUGAGAAUUUGGACGUUGCCUUGGGCCUCGCGCCGGCGCCUUCGCCGUCCACUGAUGCAGACGAAAAAGAAGAGGGAGAAGAAGAACAAACUUUGAACAGAAAGUAA